UAUUCUGUUCUGAUGUUCCUUUAUUUUAAUGAUGUAAAGCACUUUGCGUUGUCUUUGUGCUGAAUGAAAUAAAUCUGCCUUGCCUGUUUUCCAUUUCCAAGGGGAAUGGAAAGCAACAUAUAAGAAACUUAUUUAUCUCCAAUGAAGUGAUGCACCAAUGUGAAAAAAAGGCAGAAAAAUGUCCAUAUUGCAGUGAAAGACAGCGUACAUCCGCCUUUUAACGUAAAAUGUCUCCACAGAGACAUUGGUCUUGGGGUUGACAGGCAUUAUUAGGCCCGUCUUUGUGUUUAAUGCAUGUGUGUGCGGCUGCAGCAGUAUCAGAUUGUAGCCGGGUGUUUGUGGCGGAGCAGCCGUGCAUAAACGGCUCAGCUAAUGAGGAACCAGAGGCCAGACGUCGUGGAUCAGGAGAAGAAGAAGAAGAAGAAGAGGGGAGCCUUCAGGUGACCAAUGAGAGGUCAGGUCGUUUUAAAUAUAGCUACAGCAAAAAAAGGUGUUUCCCCGACAUAGAUUCAAGUUUGUUUGGAGGAAGAGGAGCUGCAGGAACCCACGACCAACUCAAGAUGUCCUGGCGGUCUCCUUUCCGAUGCUCAAAGUUUCGCCAUGUCUUCGGCAAGCCGGCCACGAAGGAGCACAGCUAUGAUGGCGUGCCGAUCACAAGAAGCGUCCAUGACAACCACUACUGCUCGGCCAAUCCCUGCUUCGUCGCCGUGGUGACGGAGUGCGCUGGGGGCGGGGCGUUUCUAGUCCUGCCCAUUCAUUGUAUGGGCAGAAUAGACCCUCAGUAUCCGAGGGUUUGUGGUCACAGAGGGAGAGUCCUGGACGUCAAGUGGAACCCAUUCGAUGAUUACUGCAUUGCCUCUUGUUCCGAAGACUGCACUGUGAAGAUUUGGGAUAUUCCAGUUUGCGGGGUCCAGCAGAACAUCACCAGGGCCAAGAAGACUCUGAUGGGUCACUCCAGGAGGGUGGCAAUCAUUGAGUGGCAUCCGACUGCUGAGAAUCUGCUGCUUAGCUCGGGCUACGACUACAAGGUUCUCCUCUGGGAUGUGUCCCAGGUCGGUGCAGUUAUCAGACGUCCGGUCCGGGUGGUCCUGAUGCCCGUCCACCAUCGCUACCCAUCUGAGGCGCUGCUGCUGUCCGUCAGCUUCAACAACGAUGGCAGCAGGCUGGCCGUAACGUCCAAAGACAGGCGGAUUCGGGUCCUGGAGCCACGGACCGGAAAGAUUCUGCAGGUGUCCAGCAACAAGACGCACAGAGCUAACAAGGUUUUAUACAUCAGAGGGUUGAAGAUGCUGCUGUCCACCGGCAGCUCACCCUGGAACCACAGACAGAUCGUCCUCUGGGACCCAGAUGACUUAUCAGAGCCUCUGUAUGAAGAAGAUUUGGAUGGAUCGGCAGGAGUUCUCUUCCCGUUCUAUGACGCCGACACACAGAUGCUCUACUUGGCUGGAAAGGGGGACGGGAACAUCAGAUACUACGAGCUGAGCUCUGAGAAACCCUACAUCAGCUUCCUGAUGGAGUACAGAUCACUGCUGCCACAGAAAGGACUGGGGGUGAUGCCAAAACGUGGCCUGGACGUGAACGUGUGUGAGAUUUUCCGGUUUUAUCGUCUGAUUGCCAUCAAAGAUCUGGUAGAACCUCUGUCAAUGAUCGUUCCACGGAAACAGUCAGGUAUUUUCCAGGAGGAUCUGUACCCGAUGACAGCGGGAAACCAGGCAGCCUUAACGGCUCAGGAGUGGCUGAUGGGGAUCAACAGGGGACCUUUGCUGAUGUCUUUGAGGCCCGAGGCUCAUGUAGAAAACCCGUACGCUGAUAUUACUGCUGACAAACGUCCGCUAAGGCAGCUGAGCUCCCUCAGGUUCCAGAUGGGCCCAGCUGACGGCGCCGCGACAAACACUAACCUUCACUUUGUGGAAAAGGCUUUCCAGGAAGAGCAGCUGGCCUACCAGGAUGCCAAAUACCCCAGAGACCUGGAUGAUCUGUCCGCCUGGCAGCCUGAUGAGACAGAGUGUCCUCUGUGGUCGUACUGCUGCACCCCGCACUGCUGCGAACCCGCUGAGAAACCACCACCCAUGACCGAGAGAGAGCUCCUGCAGGUAUUUUACAAACAGCAAGAUGAGAUCAGAGGCCUCAGGGAGGAGCUGCAUCAGAAAGACGCGAGGAUUGCUCAGUUGGAGCUGGAGAUAAAGAACAGGAGCACCACGAGGGCGACCUUCUGACCCCAACACAUUUAUUCAUGCUGACUAAAAACAUUGGAGCAGUUUCACUUUCUGUUUCUCUGUGACUCAGAGGUGGGACUGUAAAAUGACUGCAGUCAUGAAAUCCUGGUAAACUACCCGGCGUUUCCAAACUAGCAAUCGGGUUGGUGUGAUCUCCAAGCACGUUUGUUUCAGCUAAACAUUCGAAAGAUUCUU